AUCAUUUUAUCAUUCUUCUUCUUUUUUUUUUCUUUCUUUCUUUCUUGUCUUCAUCACUCUUAAUCUAUACUUUGAUUCCAUUACUAAAUAUCAUUUUGUGAACUUAUUCGUCCCAUAAAGAGUCAGAACUCACCGACAUUUGCCAUACUUCAUUAACAACAUGUCAACAUCAUCGAAUGUAACCAAAGACAAUGCAACACAACGUUCAUCACAACAACAUGAAAAGACUAUGAUAGAUGAUAUUGAAACCAUGUUUCAAGUAUCCGAUGACAAACUUGAUAUUUUAAUUCGAGGGUUUGGAGAUGAAAUGAAAACUGGACUUUCUCGUCAGAAUGAACAACAUCAUACUUCUAGUGUUUUAAAAAUGAUUCCUUCUUUUGUGACAGGUCAUCCAAAUGGGAAUGAAAAGGGAACCUAUUUGGCACUUGAAAUCAGUGGUGUGGAUAUUUAUGUAUGUCAAGUGAAAUUGAAAGGAGAAGGUGGCAAGUUGGCUAUUAAUCAAUAUCAAUAUAAAAUCCCGGAUCAUCUGACAGCUGGUGAUGACAUUGGUAUCUUGAUCGAUUAUGUAGCAGAUUGUGUGGCCGAUUUCCAACGACGCGUCGGAUCACCUCAAAGGUCUUAUUCUAUGGCCAUCAGUAUUGGUUUUGCAGUACGACAGACAGGUUUGGAUCGUGGUACCAUCAUUGCUCUUGAACAUGGUUUUGAAUUCCCUAAUGCUAUUGGUUGUGAUAUUGUUGAUUUGUUUCAUCAGAAAUUCAUUGCAAAAGGUCUAGCUAUCAAGAUUGUCGCUAUUGCCAAUGAUGCUGUAUGUACAUUAUUGGCUCAUGCAUAUCAACAUCCAUCCACUCGAAUUGGUAUUGUUCAUGCUGCUGGAACCAAUUGUGCUUAUUAUGAUGUGGUAUCUAACAUGACUGGUUUAUUGGCUCAACAUUUACAAGAAUUAUCUGGAGAUACAGAGAUGAUCAUCAACACGGAAUGGUGUAAUUUUGGUAGCAAACAAUACUUGCCAAUGACAAGGUUUGAUCAUCAACUGGAUACCGAGUCUAAUAAUCAAGGGAUUCAUAUCUUUGAAAAAAUGACAGCAGGCAUGUAUUUGGGGGAAUUAGUACGACAGAUCUUGGUAUACCUAUUGGAUCAAGGAGUGUUGACAUUUACAACCGACGAUGAUGAUUGUUUGGUGCGUGUGCCUUACCAUUUUGAUACAAGCUACAUGUAUGUGUGUGAAGCCGAUGAAGAUUUGGAUACCCUCGAGGACACGCGGGUCGUGCUGGAGGAAAUGUGCAAAGUGGGGCCAACGACUUUAAAUGAUCGAGAAAUUGUUAAAAAAGCUUGUGAAUGGGUUGGGAAUCGUGCGGCCACAUUACUUGGUGCCAGUAUUGCUAGUGUGGUGAAAUAUAUGUUUGAAUAUAAUGAUCAUGUUGAUCGAUCACAAGGUUUUGCUAUUUCCAUUAGUGGUGAUAUUUAUAAGGAUUAUCCAUCCUUCCAUCCUCGUGUAUGUGAAGCAUUGAAGACUUUGAUUCCAGAUGAAAUGGCGGCUAAAUUAUCAGUGGGUAUUGUCAAGCAUUCAAGAAUCGUAGGUGCUGCUAUUGUAGCCAUGAUGGCAGAAAAAAUGGAACAAGAAGAUGUAGAAAUGACCGGAUAGUCUCAUUCAAUUAUGGAAUCGUCCUCUUCUUUUUUUUUUUUUUUUUUACCCUUCUGUUGACUUUUAC